UUUCUGCAGCGCGCAAGUACUGCUGGGAAAUCAAGUAGCUACUUACGGCUUGUGUGGCCAGCCAGGAAGGAGACUCAAGCUCGGUGGAAAAUCCGUGGUAACUUUCUCAGGUCUCCCCACAGCCCUGUCACCAAAUCUAAAGGCCUAAUCGUUGAGCUAUGUCUAGAGAGCAGGAACCAGAGUCUUCUGAAGCAGAGUGCGAUGCAAGAGGCCACCCAGAGUUAGAAGAUAAGGAACACUGGCAUUACCCAGAUAAUAAUACCCACAAGCAGGAGGAUACAUCCUUAUUGAACCGUGGGGAAUCGUUUCUUCACCAACAAGAUGAUCUUCAAGAGAAGAAGGUUAGCAGUGCUGAAGGUAGAGACUUCUGUGAGAGGGUACCCAUAGAGGAAGAAGAUGACAUCAGCAAUAGCGACAGUGAUAGUGAUGAUAAUGUGACAAUCAUUAUUGGCAGCAUAAAAACAAACCCCUUCAUUUUCAUGGAGGAGCUCACAAAUCCAAAUGCACAAGUAAACAAAGACCUGAAAACAUCUACAUCAGGUAUUGCUGAGAUGAAACUAAAUGUGAAAUGAAGUAAAUCUGUUUCAAAAGGCACUUAAUGUCACCUGCAGAGGAAAUGAAAAAACCAACAAGUGAAGUGGUAAUCAUUAUUCCAAAUAGAAGCAUCUAUAAUGUCAAGCUAUUGUGUUAAAUUCUG